CUCUCCUCAUCCGUCAACCGUCACCCAGCGCACCGAUCUUCAGUCGACAAAAUGCCUCCCAAGUCCGGAAAGAAGACCGCCGCCAUGCCCUACCCCCAGGGCAAGGCUGGCUCCUCCAAGAAGGCCGCUAAGAACCCUCUCAUCGAGAAGCGCUCCCGCAACUUCGGUAUCGGCCAGGACAUCCAGCCCAAGCGCAACCUGUCCCGCUUCGUCAAGUGGCCCGAAUAUGUCCGCCUCCAGCGCCAGAAGAAGAUUCUGAACAUGCGUUUGAAGGUUCCUCCUUCGAUCGCUCAGUUCCAGAGCACCCUGGACCGCAACACCGCUGCCCAGACCUUCAAGCUCCUCGCCAAGUACCGCCCUGAGACCAAGGCCGAGAAGAAGGAGCGUCUCGUCCAGGAGGCUACCGCCGUCUCCGAGGGCAAGAAGAAGGAGGACGUCUCCAAGAAGCCCUACCACGUCAAGUACGGUCUCAACCACGUCGUCGGCCUCGUUGAGAACAAGAAGGCUUCCCUCGUCCUGAUUGCUCACGAUGUUGACCCCAUUGAGUUGGUUGUCUUCCUCCCCGCUCUCUGCCGCAAGAUGGGUGUCCCCUACGCCAUCGUCAAGGGCAAGGCUCGUCUCGGUACCGUUGUCCACAAGAAGACCUCCGCCGUUCUGGCUCUGACUGAGGUCCGCGCUGAGGACAAGGCUGAGUUCUCCAAGCUCCUCUCCGCCAUCAAGGAGGGCUACACCGACAAGUACGAUGAGUCCCGCCGCCACUGGGGUGGUGGUAUCAUGGGUGCCAAGGCCAACGCCCGCCAGGAGAAGAAGCGCAAGGCUGUUGAGAACGCCAUCAAGGUCUAAGUUAAUCCCCCUCUGGGAUGAUUUGAUUUUGUCUUGACGUGAUCGGCCCUUUCUCAAAGCGCUCUCCUAAACCAAAAGUUCAAUGGGAAAAAUAAUCUAAAAGGUGUUCCAGGCUCCGGAUGACUUGUUGACGGCCAAAAAUUUUUCUUCUAGCUUUAGAUGGGUGGGAAAGAGCCCUCGGCCCUUUGAGAGUCCCAUUCUAACCAAAAAGAAAAGAAUAUUUUCUCUCACGAACUUCUCCUCGACGGCCUUAUGUACCACUUUUUUUCCUUGCAGAUACCCAUGAAUGCAUUUCUCAAACUGUUCAAUAUGCCCUUGUCGCGUUUCGGCGAUGCUCAUGGCUAGUGUAGUAAUGUUUAGAAUGGCAUUCAUGCAGUCUGCUGGUACAUCUUCCUUUGCAACUGUAGCACCAGUACGUAAUCUUAUGGACUGUCUGAGAAAUUUUCCUUGCUGGGAUACUCAGCAGAUUCGACGUCGACGAUCCCAGUCCUCACGUGAUCAUGGUCCUGCAUCGAGAGACGGAAUCUUUGGAUGUCCCCAGAUCUUGUGAGAUCGUGAACGAUGAUUUGAGAUUAGGAUAGUCUGGAUGCAAGUAGUCUUCUACUUUCUAGAUCGAAUCUGAUAUCUUCUCUGUCACGCCAUAUGGGCUAUUCUACCUUGAGUGAGUAGAAGUGUGUGGAGAUAGUAUCUGAGCUAAGUGGGAAGUAUGGAAGUAUAUAUUUUCUAAUACAUAUAGACCGGCUUUUGUC